AUGGAGAUGAUUAAGGUAGUACUUUUCAUGGGAUGUCUCUUAAGCACCAUCUUGAUAUCAUCAGCUAAUCCUAACUUAGCCACAAAGAGUGAUGAUGAUGAUGAAACGUGGAUCAUCGACCCUAGCACUGAUUUAAACAUGGUGUUUGCAGAAUCGCCGACUUCAAGAGAAUACAACGAAGAUGUGCUUAACAAAGAGUCAUCAGAGCACUUUGAUUAUCUCUUGAACUGCAGCGAGAAGAGGGGACGAGAGUGUAACGAGGAAGUGAUGGAAGAGAUUCUUCAGAACAGGAACGUUUCGGACCGUUGUUGUGAGAAGAUAGUGAGUGUUGGGAAAGAUUGUCACGUCGGGAUUGCGAAUGUGAUGUUCAAGAAUUAUCAUGUGAGACGUUUUGCUUCGAGAAGUGUUUUCAAGGCUAGCAAAGUUUGGAAUAGGUGUUAUGCUCAAAGUGAUGCUGCUCAUACGCCAUAUUCUGGUUAA